AAGCCGCGCAAAAAAAAAAAAAAAAAAAACCCUCUGAAAUUUGAAACACGAAAGGCGACGAUGAUGGCUUCAAUUCCCAAUCACUGCUCUCUUCAUCUCCGCAACUCUAUUUCCUCCACUCAUCGAAGAACGCGCAGUCUCUCUUCUUCUUUCGGAGUCUCGAGCGCCUAUCGUACGGUCAGGACGGUCACGAUUCCACACUCGGAUCUCAUGGAUAGGAGCAGAGAUUUGUCGGCUAAGAUUGAGGAAGGCCUUGGACCUGAUGGCCUCGGUAUCGUCUCGGUCUCAGAUGUGCCUGAUUUCUCCUUUUUACGUCAAAAUCUCCUUCAACUUUCACCCAGAGUAGCAAGCCUGCCUGAUGAAGUAAAGAGCAGCCUAGAAGAUCCAAAGAGCAGAUAUAACAUUGGAUGGAGUCAUGGGAAGGAGAAACUGGAAUCUGGUAAACUAGAUACAUUUAAAGGAUCUUUUUAUGCUAAUCCUAUUCUAGAUGUACCAACCACUGAUGUUUCUCUUAUGCAACGGUAUGCAUCAUAUUGUAGACCGAAUAAAUGGCCUAUCACUGCUUUACCGGAGCUUGAAGUUGCAUUCAAGGCUCUUGGAAAGGUGAUGUUAGAUGUUGGGCUGAUGCUGGCUUAUCACUGUGAUCAGUAUGUAUCUAAAGCAGUACCUUUUGAUGAGGAUGGAGGCCUUGAGCAGAUACUAAAACGUUCUAGAUGUCACAAAGGUCGUUUGUUGUUUUACUUUCCAAAGCAAAGAAGCCAAUGCAUGGAAGAUUUAGGCUCCGUAUCAUCAUGGUGUGGCUGGCAUACUGACCAUGGUUCUCUCACAGGUCUUGCAUGUGGCAUGUUCAUGAGAAAUGGUGUAAAGGUUUCAAGUCCUGAUAGUGCUGCUGGCCUCUACAUAAAAGCACGUAAUAAUGAGAUUGUCAAAGUUGUCUUUGGAGAAGAUGAAUUAGCGUUCCAAAUUGGGGAAACUACUGAAAUCUUAUCGGGAGGUCGUCUAUGUGCUACUCCUCACUGUGUUCAGGCACCUAGAGGGGAAGCAGCUAUUGGUGUGGAUCGUUCAAGUUUUGCAAUGUUUAUGCAGCCUGAUUGGGAUGAGAAUCUUCAAUUUCCAGCAUAUAUCCAUCAUCAUGGAGAGUUGAUUCCACCAAACGGGAGACUUACUUUUGGAGAAUAUUGCGAGAUGCUCCUUAACAAAUAUUAUCAUCAAAAGUUUUGAGGGGUUUCCCCCCUCCUGUUCAGAGGCACUUUUCACCAAGAUGGACAAGACUUAUCUACCAUAUCCAUCAAAAGUAUAUUCCAAAAAAGCUUUAAAGUUCUUUCGGUAUUUUUCUUAGAGCCACAAUCUCUAUUGCUGUCCAUUAGCCAUUAACUUGUGUAAAAGGUGAUUACCCCUCUGAUAAAUGUGAUUAUUUGCCUCUAUUCUUCAUGGUUAUAUCACAAGACUGUAGUAUAUGGCUGCUAAUGGUUGCUCUUAACACCAAAGUUGGCUGUAUAUUUGAAAUAAAAUGCCAACAUAUUCAUUUGAGAUUUUUCUUUUUCUGCUGAAGGGUCUUUUAGAGAUAGAUGGCUUAAUCUUGAUUCUUGGUGCAAGAGCUCUUGUAUUCUACAAAUAAUUCCCUUUUCAGUUCUAUCUGAUUCUGUAGAUCUGUAAUGGCAGUCA